AUGGACCGAGUCUUCGCACUCUCCAAGACCAUUCGGCGGCUGCAGCGCAUGGCUUGGCUGCCCUCGCUGAGCUUCGCCCUCCGGAGGCAGCACUGCGAAGAGCAGGUGAAGUUGGCGUUCAUGAUGCUCUCCUUGGGUGCUUUCGGCGGCUCCCCACGGCGCGUGAGAGCGCCAUCCUUUCGAUUGCCUGAGCGCCUGGUGUCAUCGAAGGAGGCAGCUGAGAUCCAGGGCGCCAUCGAUGCGUUUGAGAAGCAGUUCCCGGAUCUCUGCCUUUCAAACAUCACCAAAGCUGUGAUGUUGGCAGGACUUGCCGCCCAUCAUGCUGGACAGAUGCCUGCGCAGCGAGCGCUCGUUGAGUGCCUCUUCGAACGUGGCCUGCUGAAGCUAAUCUUCGCCACGGAGACCCUAGCGGCGGGGAUCCAUAUGCCUGCGCGUGCGGUGAUCCUCAGCCAGCUGGAGAAGAAGGACGCUUUCGGGCUCCGUUGGUUGAACUCCACGGAGGUUUUGCAGAUGUGUGGCCGGGCUGGGCGCAGGGGGCUGGAUUUGCAGGGACAUGCCAUUGUGAACGGCCCAGUGAGCUGGACAGCAGAAACGUUGAUCUCGGGGCCACUACCCUUGAACUCCAGCUUUUCGCCCAGCUACGAUAUGCUUUGCGCCCUCUUCACUGGGGGCAGAGAGGAGCAUGAGGUCGCUUCACUGAUCCAGAAGAGUUUCGCGGCCUUCCUUGCGUCGUGCGAUGAUGAAAAAUCGGAGACUGAUUAUUUGCAGGAGGAAGGGGAGCUUGAAAGGCUGGGGCAGUUUCUGGCCCGUGUCCGCCAGAUGCUCGAAAGAAGUGGAUGUAGCCUGCAAGAAAUCAAGGAGUACAAGAAGCUGCGGCAUCAACAGGAUUUGGACGAGCGCCUGGGGUUUCGAGGUCUUCGGGAUCAGGGCCACAGCGAUGAUGACUUGGAUCUCUUCGGAGACCCAGAGGAGGAGCUGGUGAUGGACCAGGAGCUGCAGAACAAGGUGCACCUGCUGAGCAACAGAGAGGAGCUGUUAACCGCCCUCGACGAGCGCAGCGCCUUGGCGAGUCGUUUGCGGAAGCCACGAGCUGCACCAGGACGGGAACCAGCGAGGUACCAGUGGUGUUGCUUCCAGAAGUACAUGGCAGUUCUGGAACAUGAAGGCUUCCUUCUGUCCGAGAACACUGGGCCAACUCGAAUCGUGCAGACCAGUUUGAAAGGUGAGGCUGCUCAUCAGAUUGCUCAGGGAGCCAACAUCCUGUGGCUCAGCAGUCUCUUGCCGCAGCCGGGGCAGGACCUGGCAACGACCUAUGGCCUAGAGCCAGGGGACCUGGCUGCCCUGGUGGCCGCCAUGAGCGACGGCCGUGGCAGUGAUGCGGAGGAUGUGUCGAGCGCGUCGCUGGCGGAGGGAGAGCUGGCAGAGCUGCGAGAUGUGCUGGAGUGGCUGACGGAGUACCGUUGGCACCUUUGGGAGGUUCAACUCGGCCAUGGUGUUUAUGAAGCCAUGCCCCUGUCGGUGGAGGCCUUCCGCGUAACCAAAGCUUGGGCCUCUGGAGGGUCGUGGCAAGAGGUCGUGGCCACAGCUGCUAUGGCGGAGGGUGACGUUUUUCGGUUGUUGCGACGUACUUUGGAGAUUUUGGAAGGCCUUGAGCUCUGCCAGGCUUCGGCCCAAGAGGCCUCGGGCUGCUCGGCUGGUUGGCAGCUGCGGGUGCAACGGGCGCAAGAGAUGCUUCUGAGAUGUCCCCAGAGUCGACGCACGGAGAUCCUGAAGUUGAUGAGGCAUGACGCUGCAAGACACCCUGAGAUCCCUGAGAUGAUCCCUUCCUGCGAGUCGUGGUGGGAAAGCAAGCUGUGGAAGAGCGAGAAAAGGUUUAUGGCAUGCAUGCGCCUGCUUCGCGGCAUUGAACUGGACCAUGUCCAAGAACUGAUGCAGGCGGCGGAGCACGACGAAAGCGGCAAGCUAGAUGUGAAGGAGCUGCCUGCGUUGUUGAACAGCAUGGGCUACGAGACCUGGGACCUCCAGGUCAUCGAUGAGACCUUAGAGGAUUCUGGGCUGGGCCUUCGGUGCUCCAGGUUGGGACUUGGCGAUGUUUGGAGAUUUCUCAUGGAGUUUCGUCGUAAGGAGGGUUUCUGCCGAGAUGAGUUGAAGGCGCUUUCCGAGUGCUUCAAGCACCAUGAUGAGGACAACAGUGGAGAGCUGGAUAACUUGGAAUCACCUUUGGCACUACGAAUGUUGGGUUUCCCUGUAGGGUACAAUGAAGUGCAGCGCUGGCUUCUGAAGGUAGAUGUGGAUGAGUCUGGUGCUUUGAAUUUGGUGGAGUUCCGCAAGCUGGCACGAAUGCUUCAAGCCAAUGAUAUGAAUCACUUCCGGGAAGUCUUCGAUGUCUAUGUGCUGAAAGUGGGCAAUUCAGGGACACUAUCUCGUGAGAAUGCGGUCACUGUCCUCGAUUCGAUGGGCUUCUGCGUGGGUCCUGCCGUCUUUGACUCUGCGCAUGUCAAUGAGAAUCAGUUCCUGACGGUUUGCUAUGGACUCAUCAAAGAGCGGCGGGUGGAGUGUCGACGCAACGGCGGCUGGAGUGCUGAAGAGCUCAAGUGGCUCAGGACGGAAUUUGAUAGGUACAUUCCACCGGGCAGGGCCUAUGUGGCGAACAAGGAUCUGAUUCGUUUGCUGCAAGACAUCCUUCCACAGAUGUCCAGGGACCCGCUCUUCAGGCCUGAGUUGCGCGGCAUCCUCCGGCAAGUCGAGGUCGAAAGCACCGGAAAGCUAGGUUUCUCAAAGUAUUUGACCUUCCUGCAGCUGUGCACAUCAGCCAAGGAGAAAAGUGUGGCCCGACGACAACAGGCUGCAGUGGAGGAGGUUGGCUUCAACCAAAUCGAGUUGCAGGAGCUUCGUGAUCUCUUCCUGGAUGUAGCUGCGCGCCCAACCUGCAUCACGUUUGAAGAGGUAUGGAAGCUGAUCAACAGCACCACUCCUUUGGGCCACAAUCUUACGGUAGAGCUCCAGCAGAUCUUCAAUGAACAAUUGAUGAAAAGGAGUGACGUCCAUGAACCUCCAGAGCAAGCCUUGGACUUUGCAGAUUUCCUGCGGUUCAUGAGAAGGUUGAUGGACAUGAACUUUGCCAAGCUUGCGCAUGAUCAAUGA